AUGACAUCACGCAACGAUUAUCGAUAUCCAUCAACUAUGAAUAGAAAUACAAAGCAAUCAGAUAUUCAUGUACAACCUAAUGAUAGUCUUCGAUAUAAUCCAUGGGAAUUUGAAAAUCCAUGGUCACACAACUUAUGUAAUUGUACAGAACAAUGUGAUGAAACAUGUUAUGGUUUAUGGUGUUUUCCGUGUUUUACAUGUCAUCUAGCUUGGCGUAUGAAUGAAUCUUGUUGGAUAACUUGUUGUCUACCUGGUUAUUUGGCUGUAUUAAGAACAAAAAUGAGAACAGCAUUUCGUAUUAAAGGUUCAUAUUUGUCUGAUUUUUGUGCUGCAGAAUUUUGUCCAUGUUGUACAGCAUUUCAAAUGGCUAGUGAAUUACGUUUUCGAAAGAUUAUCACUUAA